GUUCUAAGGGAAACUUUAAGUAUCUUUAGGAAGAUCAACAGAUCAGAGGUUGCAAUAUUGAGUAUGUUUUGCCUCGGUUUCAUUUAAAUUUAACAACAGUUUCAUUGGUAAUUUGUGGUCGAAAAAACACUUGAACAUGUCUCAUAAAUGGCAAGAUGAAACGACGCGACAUAACGCGCAGGAAAGUUCUGAUUAUACGGAAAUCAAGAAUGUGCAGCCAUCUUUCUCAGGUUUGAGUGUGAGCGGAGCUGUUCCACAACAUGCCAUAGCCAGUCCUCGUACAUCCAAGAAGCGAAAUUUUCUGGCUUCUCUGAGCAAGGGAACACAGAGAAAAGGAACGAUAAUAACCCGGCCGAUGAACCAGGAAUCCAUGCCGGAGGAACCUUUCGAAGAGGUCAAGGAAGGUGAUGCAGAAAGAAUAAGGAUCAUGAAAAUGGUGAAGGAAGGAAAAUUAUCUGUUGAAGAAGCUAUGGAGCAAGCAAAAAAUCUAGGGAUAAUGACUGCUGCUGGUGAACCAGCCAAUGAUGAAAAUGGUGAAGAAAAAAUCUUCAACUUUGGAGUUUACAAGUAUGGCAGAGAUAGAACAAGUCUUUCUAGAAGAAUUUUACAGUUUGACUUUCAAGAAAAAGUACUGUGUAUUAUCCAGAAGGGAAAGAGAAACAAGAAGUUUGCAUUCACUGACGUCAGAGGUUUUGAUAGUGAGGAUGGUGUGAGGUUUUACAUCUAUUUUGAUAGUGAUUAUGAGCUGGAUGCUGACAGUGUUGAAGAGAAGAAUAAGAUUUGCCAUUUGCUAGAUUCCAUUGUGCAGCAGAACAGGGGUGAUCAACCCGAUGGGAAUUUUGAAACAUCAUCUCUUGAUGGAGCAAAAAUUAUCAAAGAAGGUCCAAUUGAGAAGAAAGGUCACAGUGCUGCCUUCAUGAUGUGGCCGAGGCGAUGGCUGAGAAUCCAGCAAGGAGAAUUGUCAUAUUUCAAGAUGGGAGAAGAAAACGAGCCAGCUUUGAACAUUGUUAAACUGGGCCCAGGAUUAGCUGAAGUGAAGAGUGUGGAUCACAAUACUUUUAUUAUCAUCACAAGCAAGAAGGAAUACAGGUAUGGGUCUGAUAAGUCUUAUAACAGAGCGUUAGGAUUCAUGAGAAGUGAUCAGUUUCUAUUUUCUCUGUUCUGUGUGAUAACAGCUUUAAGUUCUUUUAUUCCAGAUCACCUGACGACAACAAGGUUAAUGUAUUUAUUAUUUAUUUAUUUGAUUAGGAGGCAAGUGCUUCAGUCCAGAAAGGACUCUCUAAAAGAAGGGAAUACCAGCGUACCUCAAUCCAGAAAAGAGUCACUCAAAGACAGCAGUGCACCUUCACCUCCGUCAACCAAAACAUCACCACCAAGGAGAAAAGAUAGUGAUAGGCUUCCCAGUCUGCCUCCUCAAAGGGACGAUGGUUAUGAGGCAGUGCAAAUCCCACAGUGGUCAUCUAAGCCUAAACCUGUACAAACAACACCCAAUGAACAGUCUUCCCCUGAGUAUAUGCCACCCCCACGCCCUCAUAAACCCUCUGAGUUAUCAAGCACAGCAGAUAGCACGCCCCAACAAACUGUGCCUCCAGUGAGGCCUACAGGUAGAAGUGGUUCUGCGGUAAAUGCUUAUGAAACAGUGGAAAUAAUUCCUCGAAAACCUCAAGCACAGCAGUCUUCUGAAGGAUUGGAUGGAGCUGUUGGUGAGCCUUGGUCGCCGCACAAGCCACCAAGACCACCAAAACCUGGCAGUUUUAUCAGUUCAGAGGCUGAUGAUAGCUCAAGUAUUUAUCAAGCGCCACCAGCGCCAGUUAGUAUAACAGCCUUUAGCGACGAUGUGUAUGAUAAUGUUCACAUCAAGAACACGCCUUUGUCAUUGACAGACGGUCAAGGCGAAUCUGGAUCACUCUCAAGUCUUGGUACAUUUACUGGGGGUACUAGUGAUUCUGGUAUCAUCAAAAACGACAUUAAAACCUCUCAGGAGGUCAAAGUGGAAACAUCAAGUACGGCUGAUACUGAAGCUACAGAUGGUAAGCUUAGCGAUGUAAAUGAAAUUGAUUCCGGUGGGAUGGGAUGCAAAGAUAUUCAGACGGCAAUGGAAGAGAGGCGGCAGAUACUGAAGGAGAAACAAACAAAAGAAGGUGUGGUGUUACUUUCUGUUCAGAAGCUGAACGAGAAAAGUUCUGAUCUGAUAGCGACCCAUGUUGAAGAUAUCGUGCUUUUAGAAGAGACAAAACCUACAUCAGGAAGCAAUCCACCGCCUCCCCCACCCCUCCCUUCCAGUGGAGUGCCCCCACCUCCUCCCCUGAUGGCACCAAGCGUUGGCAGUGCUCUUGGAAGACCCUGCGCUGUUCAGUCCAAGGUCAAACUGCGGCCUUUCUUUUGGAACAAAGUACCAGCACAAUUGGUUUCCAAUUCAGUAUGGAUGAAUAUUGCUGAUCGCACAAAGAGCAUAAACUUGGAAUUACUGGAGGAGAUGUUUCAGAUAGAAGAAAAGGAAAAAGUCUUGAAUCCAGCACCAACAAAGCCAGCUGCAAAGACACUCUUGGAUCCCAAACGAGCGCAAAAUCUGGGUAUUUUCUUGAGCGGAUUCAAACUCAGUACAAAAGAAAUUGAUGAGAAAUUAAGUGUCUUUAGAGAAGAAGAUGGUGCCCUACCCAUGGAUCAGGUGAUCGCUUUGAAAAGGUUUCUGCCAUCAACUGAAGAAGCUGAGAUGUACAAGAACUACAAGGAGGAUCCCAGCACUUUAGUACCGGAGGAUCAGUUUAUGAUGAAGCUUUGCGAGAUUAAUGACCUGGAGAAACGCUUGGAUUUACUUCUGGUUAUUAUGGAAUUCCCAACACAGUUUGAAGAUCUUGCGCCAUUAUAUUUUGUUAUUAUAUAUUUCCAGUUGGCAGAUAUCCGUGGGAACAACAAGAAAUACACACUUCUGAAGUUCCUUAUACUUCAACUGCAGCAGUCAAACCCUGAAACACUGAAUUUUACUGACGAACUCAAAAGCGUACCCAAAGCUGCAGCAUGUUCAUCCAAGGCUCUAUUCGCUGAAGUAGAAGUGAUGAAGAAGGACCUCCUGAAAAUAAAGAAACAUUCCAGUGAUUUAUUCUUGAAGAGGAACCAGACAAAUCCCAAGGAUGUGAAACUGUACAACGAUGUGGAAGCGUUUGUCAGUGAAUACGAAGAGAAACUAAAUGAGCUGUGUGAUAAGUGUAAACAGAUGAAGCAGAUCUACAACAAGGUCUUGGCUUCUUUCGGUGAAUCACAGAGCAGUGAUUCAGAGGAACUCUUCGGUGCAAUAAGCACUUUCAUGGCUCAGUUCAAAAAGGCCUUGAAAGAACAUCAGCACGGAAGUAGACACAAUAAGGGCGUCAAGCUAGAGGGGCUCAGAGAGGCCAUCGCGCAGAGGCAAAAGUCCACAGAUGACACGAUCUCAGUAGCUUCCAUGAGUUCUUUAUCUUCCACAUCCACUACCUUUGAUCAAGACAAUGUUGAUGCAGGCAAAACCAAUCGGAAUGAGCAGCCGUCAGUCGCGAAUAAAGAUGUUAUCCUGGAAAGAAAGCCGUCGAAUAAAGAUCAAAACAGCCUGUCUAGUGGACCGCCCCCUGUUAUUCACAAGCAGUUGAGCACCAAAUCACCACCGAAGCCGCCAGCGAGGGCCGGCCCCAAACCAACAAAGCAAGGCUUUCUAGAAAAGCUCAGCGGAGGAAAACAUCAAACACGAAAGUGGGACAACAGAUACUUCGAGCUCACAGACACGGGUUAUCUGUACUACUACAAGAAACCUGACGGAGGAAAACCAAUCAAUUCCAUCUAUUUGAGAGGCUGCCCCGUAAAAAUCGACCCCAGCGACCCGUGUGUGGUUCUAGUAAAAACCGACGAGAGGGACUGGAGCUUAAAGGCGGUGAACGCCGAGGAGGCCUGGGCGUGGAAAGACGUGCUGUCGUUUUACACUGACAAGCAGAACUGAAGGCUCAUGAAAGGAGGAGAGGGCGAUUUUGCACGAGGUUCCAACGAGGGUGCGAUGUA